AUGGAACAAGGACAUAUUUUCCUUCCCGUCAAUGGGACUAGAUGAAGAGAUGCCCUCUUCAUUCUCCCGGCUGAUAUAUCUCCAUGCACAGAACAAAAAAAUGGAAAUGCAGCAUCGACAUGGAACAAAGAGAAGAUCAAGAUAAGACACAAGUUUGGAUUACUCAAAUGAGGGAUCUUCAUGUUGCUUAGAAAGAACAUGCUUCAAAUCUCAAUGAGGUGUAGCUUAACCAAAACAGUUGCACAUCCUUGUUUUUCUUGUUUUCUAUUCAAUGACUUAAUUGCACUAUGAUGGAGAGUAAAUCAACUUUAGUUACUCCUUCUGGCCCGUACGUAUCUCCAACUUCACAGGCUGGCCGGAGCAUCUUCAGGAGAAUCAGCCGCACAGAAGACAGCAGUCCCUAUCCCAUCCCUGGCGUGGCUGCCGACGUCUUGCACAUGCGAGUCAAAGAAGGAAGCAAAAUCCGCAAUUUACUGCACUUUGCAACAACUCGUAUGCAGAAAGAGGGAGGUGACAGCAACGGGACAUCCCCGAGACAAGUGAUUUUCACGGGCUCGGACCGAGGAGUCACCAAGACCAUCACCUGUGUGGAAAUCCUGAAACGUAAUGUGGCAGGACUGCAUCAGGUGUCCAAGCUCUACUACAGGAGAGUGACUGAGGUUUGGGAGAAUCCACAGCAGGGUGCAGCUGGUAUAUCGGUGGAAAAAACUGUUCCUGCCAUCUGUAUCCUACUCUCUAAAGACCCUCUGGAUCCCCAGGAGCCUGGAUAUCAACCCCCACAAACUCUCAGUGUUUCCACGGAGGAUGCAGAGAGCCGCUGUGGUCUGAUCAAGAUUGCCGGCAGUCCUUUGUCAAAACACACAGCCAAGAGACUUCGUCGGGGUGACAGGACUGCAUGUCCUCCCUGAACCUGCAAAGUCUUGCUACAUCAUUCAAAGCAGAGAUUUUAUGUUUGUUUUAUCCAUAAAUUUACAAUAUUUUCUACGGUCUUUCUGAAAAUUCUGUGACAAAAUACCACAGGGUUAUAGUGCCACAGUAGGGCUGGGCGAUAUAUCGAGAUUUUAAUAUAUAUCGAUAUAUUUUCAAACGCGAUAUGGUACGAGACAAUAUCGUUUAUAUUGAUUACAUUUUUUUUUUUUUUUUUUAUGAUUUUGAUAUAGCUUAUUUUUGACAAAUUUCCUUGAAUGUUUUAUUUGAGAUUUGCACAAAUGUUUUGUUAUUUGUACAACUGUCAACCUCAGUGGAAAAGUCUGCCUGUUACUGUCUACAUUGUAUUAAUUACACAGUGUAUUUUAAUUUAAUUGUUAUGCAGGAAAGGGAUAUUUGUUUUAUUUUAUUCAAGAAGCAUUUUUAUUCUAUAUAUG